AUGGACCUCAGGAGAGUGAAGAAUCUUCAGGCCUUGGCCAAUGCAUAUAGCCAAGAUCCUGGGCUUGUGGGAGAAAAGCAGCUUGCUGUAUUGCGGGCCCAUGUGGAGAAUAUAUUACACACUUACACAGAUGCCUCGGGGAGAAAGGCAGAUGAAGAGGAAUUUGAAGUCACAAACUGUGAUGAAAGUGAUUUUGAAAUUGACGAGGACAAUGAGACUGUUGAACCAGACCAAGAUAUUCUGCAAGAAAUGGGAGAUGAAAAUGUGAGACUUACCAGUGAGAUGAUGGAUCAGGCUGACGAAAAGAGGGAAGAAGCUUUUGAUGCCAUUGAUAAAGGUAACCUUCAAAGAGCCAUUGAAUUGUUUACAGGUGCCAUCAAGUUGAACCCCCAGUCCAGUGUCACAUAUGUGAACCGAGCAAGCACCUUUGUAAAACUAAAGAGACCUAAUGCUGCCAUCAGAGACUGUAAGAAGGCAUCUGAGCUCAACCAGAAAUCUGCACAGCCAUAUAAGUGGCAAGGGAAGGCUCACAUGCUCCUAGGGCAUUGGGAGGAAGCUGCUGAAGACUUCACAAUGGCUUGCAAACUUGAUCAUGAUGAGGAAAGCCAUGCUUUGCUUCAGGUGGUGCAACUUAAAGUUCAGAGAAUCAUGGAGUAUCGCCACAAAUGUGAGCAAAAGCAAGAGCUAAAGGAAAUUCAAGAAAGGUUAGAAAAAGUCAGACUAGCCCUGGAGGAACAAGAUAGAAUGCAGAGAGAGGAGAAUCCUUGGGAUGAAAUGGCUAGAGCAGGUCGGAAACAUCUCAGAUCUUUCCUUACCCUUUUAGAUCCCAGGGUGAUGAUGGCAUUCCUGGAUGUGGUUUGGAAUCCAGAAAACAUCUACAAAUACCGAAAGAACAAUGUGAUAAUUAAGUUCACUCACAAACAUUAA